GCGAAACCAGGGAAGUAUCAGGGGGAGCUGAAGAACGGGAAGCGCCAUGGCUGGGGCCUAUGCGCGUUUUCAGAUCGGAGCUACUACGAAGGAGAGUGGGCCAACGACAAGAUCGAUGGGGAGGGAAGGUACGUCCGUCCUGAUGGCUCGACGUACGAGGGCUUCUGGGAGAGCAACCUGCAGAAUGGCUUCGGGAGGCUGAUCAUGGCGAACGGAGACGUAUACGAGGGUCACUUCAGGGAUGGGAGGAUAGACGGAUACGGGACGUACUACUACAAGAACGGGAGUAUCUACGACGGGGAGUUCAUGGACGACGAGGCGCAUGGGGUCGGGACGUUCAAGGGGGUCAACGGAGAGUUCUACCAGGGAGAGUGGCAGGUAGACAAGAUGCACGGGGUGGGAGUGUACAAGUUCGUAGGAGGGGCCAAGUACCGGGGAGAGUUCAAGUUCGGCAAGAUGGAUGGGUACGGAGUGUACGAGAUCAUGGAGAGAGGAGGGUUCGUGGGCAAGUACGAGGGGCAGUUCCUAGGAGGAAAGAUGGACGGGCUCGGGUUGUACUUCUGGCCGGAGGGAGACAUCUUCAUGGGGGAGUAUGCGCAGGACAAGAGGUUCGGGUAUGGAGUGUACACGUCGUCGAGGGGGGCGGUGUUCAAGGGAGAGUACAGGGGGGGGGAGAGGCAUGGGUGGGGAGAGUUCGUGACGUCGAGCGGGGAUAUCUAUGAGGGGCAGUGGAGGAACGACCAGCGGCACGGCAAGGGGGUGGUUACCCUUGCGGAG